UCGGUGCUCAACGAGAAAUGAAGGAAAAUAUUCAGAAAUGGAACACAGACAAAAUUCGUGAUAACAUGUUGCAGAUUAGCAUUCAGUGGGAAUUCAAUCCUCCCUCCGGUUCUCACUUCGGCGGAGUCUGGGAAAGACUCAUUAGGUCUGUGAGACAGGUGUUGUACUCUGUUAUGCAUGAGCAGAAUGCGAAACUGGAUGACGAAGGACUUCAGACACUCUUUUGUGAGGUAGAGGCUAUCUUAAAUGGACGCCCGUUAACUGAAGCAUCGGAUAACGUAACUGACCUACGGGUUUUGACCCCAAACCAUCUGCUAUUGCUUCAGCCUGGAGAGUAUUUCCCACCUGGAACAUUCGUCGCCACGGAUAACUAUGCCAGAAGGAGGUGGAGACAGAUACAGUACCUUUCAGAUAUUUUCUGGAAUAGGUGGACCAAGGAAUACUUACCGCUUCUGCAAGGACGCCAGAAAUGGAUGAAGAAACGACGUAAUAUGCAGACUGGAGAUCUUGUGCUGAUCGCUGAUAGUACACCUAGGCAUGCGUGGAUAACCGGUAGGAUUCAGGAAGUUGUGAAAGACAAACAUGACAUUGUGCGAUUCGUGAAGGUUAAGACCCCUUCCAAUGUGUUAACGCGUCCAGUGACAAAACUCGUGCUCUUGCUCGAGUCAGACAUUGAGUAAUGGAUACGGUGAACGCUUGAGUGAAAGGACAAUUCGAACUAAAAUAUCAGAUGUACUUUUGUAAUUGUAAUUAUUUUAUGAUUAAGCAUAAUGAUUUAAUUGAUGUGUUUGAUGGUUAUUAGGCCGUUUUUGCGAAUUGAUAAUCUCGGUUGAAGCCUCGAUUAAGGGGCCGGUAUGUUACGGCCUAAAUGUUAGUUUUAUGUUGAAUUUAUUGUUUAGUUUUAUUUGUGGUAAUUUUGUUAAGAUUCCGGAAAAUACGGUUAUCCGGUUUCCGGUUUUAGUAUAGACGAAUAUUAUGGGAUAGCGUUAUCCAAGCGCAGCACAUGUUUUGAGUAUGAGAAGAUUCGUUCGGACUAUCGUAGGAUACGAUACGUCAAUCUAUCUACGUAGAACUAUCAUUGAGUCACUACACCUGUACUGUACAUGUAUGUAGUUGAACUGAUGUCAAAGAUAAUAAACACAGAUGAAGCCAGGAAGAUGGAAUUGACCUCAUUUAUUAUUACGAUAGCCAGAACGAUUUCGAGGCGUAUUCGACGCCUACAG